AAAAACAUCCAUCUUUCACUAAAUAAACAAAAAAUUUAAAUUAAAAAAAAAUAUAAAAAUGGAAAACAGAAUUCAUUCGGCACUUCUCAUUGCCGCCAUUGUUGCCUUGGUGUCUGUGCUUGGCGUCGCCGGAGCCGCCGAGAAAGCCGGAGCCGGCGAGAAAUUCGAAGUCACUGGCACGGUAUAUUGUGACGUGUGUCGUGCCAAAUUUGUCACCAGAGUCGCUGAAAGGAUGCCCGGUGCGAAGGUGAGAUUGGAGUGCCACAACAUAACAGACGGGAAAUCCACCUAUAGCGUGGACGGUGAAACCGACGCCAACGGCGUCUACCACAUCACUGCGGAGGGCGACCACGAGGACGAGUAUUGCGGAAUCAAGCCGGUGAAGAGCAGCAAAGAGGACUGCAGCGAGAUCAUAAAGGACGGGUGGGCAAAAGAGUUCACAAGAAUCACCCUCACAACCAAGAAUGGCAUGGUUAAAAAGACCAGAAAUGUUAACCCCAUUUUGUACUUGAAGUCCAAGCCAAGUGCCGUCUGUGCUGAGGUGUUCAAGGAAUUGCAUUACAUCCCAGGAGAAGAUAUUCACCCUUGAAUUCAACAACACCGCAUGCAAUGCCGUUUUCUAUGAUCCCAGUUUUAUCAGACUAAAAAAUAAUGUAGUAACCCAAGCAGCUAGAUAGGUUGAUUUGGCAAUUUAUAUCCUACAUUACGGCGCGCGUUGCACUGUGCGCCCAGAUGCAAAACGA